AGAAGCGCCGCGCAGUGUGUGCGGUAGCAAUUUGCGAAUUUGAUACCUUUUUCAUUGCAACUUUCUAGUUAACUGUAUCUCUGCCUAGAAUUAAAGGCGUACAUUAGGGAAAGACAAGCGGGGGCUCAGAGGCGGUGGAUCCACCUCUAGUAUCUCAAUUCAGGGUGUUCAUAUGUAUCUAAGUGUAUCCCACUGAAUUUUGCUGUGGCUUCUGUUCUCUGGCUCGCUGUCAGCUCCGCCAUUUUGACCCAGUUGCAAUCAACUGCUGAGCCACCUUUGUAAUGAAUAGCAGAGUGGGAUUGGAGGUCCUGUUGCCUAGUAGUGUGACUGCACCCAGGGAUGUCAGCCUACAGGUAGUGAGCAGCAACAGCCCUUCUCAAAAUGAUCGCCUGUCAACUAAAGCCUUCAUUAUUCCAGUCAGUGCAGCUGAGAAUAAUCGAAAACCACAGAAUUUCUCCAGAGAAAACCAAGGUGCUUCUUUGCCACUCGAAGGGGAACAGUCCAACAGCACUGUGCCAGUGACUGCAGCAAUUAGUCCACUGAUUACUGCAGCACACAAAUGUGACAUGGUCAGUGUUUUGGAAUGGAAAGAUGGCAUUGCUACCUUACCUGGGAGCAAUUUGAAGUUCCGAUUGAAUGAGUUCGGUGUCCUGGAGGUUAUCGGCACAGAAGGUAUUGUGACAGAGUCAUUGUCAGAGGUGUCUGUAGACACCAAAACAAAAGCAGAGAGUGAUGCUUGCAGUGAGGCUGGCUGGAACGCAACUUCUCUGAAUGAAUUGAAACAGACUGGUAUAUCUUAUAUGAAUGAGCUGCCACAUAUAGAAAGUGCCUGCUGCUGUGUGAACUGUGGUCACUCUUACACAGUGAACGAAAUCAGAAGCAAUAAAAGGUUCUGCAGUGAGCUUUGCUUGCGGCAAUUUAAAGAGAAAUCACUCAGAAUGGGGAGUGCAGCAAUCAAGAGAAGUGCUGGAGCAAUACUUAAACGGGUUAAAAAGAGAAAAAGGAAAGUGUGCCUGAGCCCUAGUUCAGACUCAGAUGAAGAAUAUGAUUAUGAGUUGACUGAGCCAGAGCAGGUGGAUGAGAAAAAAGAAGAUUUCAAAAAUAUCAGGCAGCACUUCAUGGAUGACAACAUUCACACGGAAUUUAGGCAAAGUCAACUGAAUGAAUCCAGUUGUACAGUCACUGGACAGACUGCCUCUGUAAUAGAAAAGAACAAAAUUUGGUCUUGGGCUUUAUAUUUGGAAGAAGAAAAGGCUAUUGCUGCCCCUGUCAAGCUGUUUCGUGAGUAUCAGUCCUUCCCACUGAAUAAAAAUGGUUUCAGAGCAGGAAUGAAGUUAGAAGGUAUUGAUCCUACACAUCCAUCAAUGUACUUUGUACUCACCGUGUUUGAGGUAACAAACACUUCGCAGGACAAAACAAGAGAAUCAAGAGUUUGUGGUUAUCGUUUGCGACUCCAUUUUGAUGGUUAUUCUGAGUGUCAUGAUUUCUGGGUGAAUGCGAACUCUCCGGAUAUCCAUCCUGCAGGAUGGUGUGAGAAGACAGGUCACAAAUUACAUCUGCCUAAAGGGCACAAAGAGGAAGAAUUCAAUUGGCCAAAUUAUCUGAAGAUAACAAAGUCUCAAGCUGCACCAAAACAGCUCUUCAUCAAUCAAAAUACAAUGAUUACCCCUUUGGGAUUUCGUGUUGGAAUGAAACUGGAAGCAGUUGAUAGAAUGAACCCAUCUCUAAUCUGUGUUGCCACAGUAACAGAUAUUGUUGAAAACAGGUUCCUGGUUCAUUUUGACAACUGGGAUGACACAUAUGAUUACUGGUGUGAAGCCAGCAGCCCUUACCUCCACCCUGUCGGUUGGUGUCAGCAGCAUGGUAAACAACUGACACCUCCACAAGGUUACCCUCACCCAGAGCAUUUUUCUUGGGAUAGGUAUUUAGAAGAAACUGGAUCUUCUGCUGCUCCUGCUCGUGCAUUUAAAGUUCGUCCUCCACAUGGUUUCCAGAGAAAUAUGAAGCUGGAAGCUGUAGACAGACGCAAUCCAGUGCUGAUUCGUGUAGCUACAAUUAUAGACGUUGAUGAGCACAAGUUAAAGAUCUACUUUGAUGGAUCAACCUCUGCCUACAGUUACUGGGUAGAUACUGAUAAUCCAGACAUACAUCCUGCAGGGUGGUGUGCCAGAACAGGACAUUAUCUCCAGCCACCGCUUAAACUGUCAGAUUCUUCUACUGAACCUGGACAAAGAGGAUGUCCAGCUCCAGGGUGGAAAGCUGUUAGUCAAGCAAAAAGUUCCAAAUACACCACCCAUCAUCGGAAGUGCCCAACUCCUGGUUGUGAUGGCUCGGGGCAUGUUACUGGGAAGUUCACUGCUCAUCAUCGUUUAUCAGGCUGCCCAUUAGCUGAACGGAACCAAGCACGGAUGAAGAUAGAGAUGUCAGAUGCAGAAGGAUCUUCCCGAAAAAGAAAUCUAUUGUCCUUUGGUCGAAGAAAGAAAUCAAGACAUCAUGGGAGGAUUGGUCGUCCACCUAAAUAUCAUAAGAUUCAACAAGAGGAAUUAAAAGUCACCUUUCAAAAUAUUCCAAAAGACAGUAUGCACCAAGACUUGCAUCAAUCAGUCUUUAUGUCUGCCAUGUCCCCACAUCCAGCUCGUUCACUGUCCUUAUGCUGGGAACAACAUUGUAAGCUGCUUCCAGGUGUAGCUGGCAUUAGUGCCAGCCGAGUGGCCAAAUGGACUAUUGAAGAGGUGGGAAACUUUGUCCAGACACUCACUGGCUGUGAGCAACAGGCAAAGCUCUUCAAAGAAGAGUCAAUUGAUGGGGAGGCUUUUCUCCUUCUGACACAAGUGGAUAUCGUGAAGAUUAUGAGCAUUAAACUUGGUCCGGCAUUAAAGAUUUAUAACUCAAUUCUUAUGUUCAAAAGUGCAGAUGAUACUUCAACAUGACAAUUCCUAUAAAUUUAAAUGUAAUGUAAUCUUGUAGAAACAACAAGAAACUUCUCCUGAAGUACUGAGAAUUGUGCUUUGUUCAUAAUUUCUGUUUCUUUAACAUUGGUAAGUUUGUGUCAGAUGGGCAAGAAUAUUGAUUAAAACAAAUUACAUUGUAGUUGUCAGUAUGUAUGUGGAGUUCCAGGCGUUGCUUGAUUUACCUCAAAGUCUGUGAUAGAAUAUCUGGAUAAUAUUUCCAUUAUGAAAUCCGGUGAUCUGUUAUGUGGAAAUAUAUUGGAUUUUAUUGUGAUGAUUGGCAUUUGUAAUGUAAUGAAACAUGACCACUUUUCUAAUAAAAGUUGUGGAAACACUGAUGUACAAAUAGAUACAUUUAAAUAAUAUUUGGAUGCAUUUAAAUUAUGUUUGGUUUUGAAUCAUUGAACAAAUAAUGGAUUAAUUUAAUGACAGGUGACUUGUUGAAGAAAAAUGUGAUGUAUUUUGUAGCACAUAUGUUUAAAAGGCAGUUACACAGGGCCUUAAAUGAAGAAUGUAGCUUUUCCAAUUACUUAUGAGUUUAAAUGUGGUAUUCCACUAAAAGUUUUUUGCCAUAUUGAGAUAGAGUGAAAAGCUGAAUAAAACUGCACUUUUUAAUAUCAUCCCUUCCCCUUACAUGUGAAAUUUGCAUAUUGUAAUAUUAUGGGACUGUAACCUUGUUGUAAUUACUUACUUGCUAGCUUGAUAGAACAAAGAAAUGUCCAAUGAAUUAGUAAGUAUUUGUCUAAUAUUACUGCACGUUACUUCAAAACAAUACUUUUGUUUCUCUGGGUGAUUUACUUUGAUUCUCAUACUAAGCCACAUGCAUAUAUUUUUACUGGAGCCAUUUGGAAAACCAUUUUAUCAUUUUUAAAAAUACAUGAAGACAUUUGGGCUACUGUGCUGAUUCAUCUUAGCUUGUGGAAAGACUAUCUGAAUUGUUUAAGCAGUUGUGAAUAAAUUAUUUUACUUAGACAA